AGUAUAAGCACACUAUUUCUGUAAGGUGAAGGUCAGAAUUCUUAUCCUUCAGCAAGAAGAAGAAGAAGAAGACGACGACGACGCUAGCAGCAUUGAAGAAUGGCGUCGAUGACACCCGCUUUCUGUGGCCCUGUCUUGAACACUUCCUUCCUCAGGAAGCAACCACUGAACAUGGCAAGCAUGAAGGCUUUCCAAAACGCUAACGCCGUGUUCGGUGUGGAAGGAGGACGUGGAGGUCGUGUGACCGCCAUGGCCGCUUACAAGGUGAAGCUGAUCACCCCAGAGGGAGAGAAAGAGUUCGAAUGCCCGGAUGAUGAAUACAUUCUCGAUGCUGCAGAGAACCUAGGCCUUGACCUUCCCUACUCAUGCCGGGCUGGUUCUUGUUCUUCCUGUGCCGGCAAAGUUGUGGCCGGCAAAGUCGACCAGUCAGACGGUAACUUCCUUGAUGACGACCAAAUUGGUGAAGGCUUUGUUCUCACCUGCGUCGCUUACCCAACCUCCGAUCUUGUUAUCGAAACCCACAAGGAGGAAGACCUCGUUGCUUAAAUCUUAUCAUCAUCGUUGCCUCUACUUUAUAAAGUUUCUUCCUUUCCCAGCCCCAUCGUCUUUUUCCCUUUAUUCUGUGCCAUUUUCUCAGGAUAUAUACGUAUAUUAUGCUUAUUUAUGAACAACUUGUUUUGCAUUAAUUCGUUAAUUGCUUCACCUGUACGUAGUAGCAGCUCAAGUUCAUUGCUUUCUCACUGUUGUUGCCCACCUGAUUGAAUGACAACUCGAUUGUUACGGUA